CGGCAGCGGCGAAAUAGAAGCACGUGUUGUAUUUUAAAUAUUGUUUAUUAUUGAAUUAAAAGUAUAAAAUGAAGGUCCUAUCUGAGGAGAGAAUGCGGAUUUUAUUCGAGAAACUUACAAAAUAUAUCGGCGUGAACGUAAAGUUGCUGAUAGACAGGCCAGACGGCACAUACUGCUUCAGAGAGAAGAAAGAUCGAGUAUAUUACAUAUCAGAGAAGCUGCUUCAGUUAGCUCAAACUGUGAAGCCAGAUAACCUUAUAUCCGCUGGGACGUGCUUCGGAAAGUUCACAAAGACCAAUAAAUUUAGACUGCACAUAACUGCAUUGACAUAUAUUGCUCCAUAUGCUCCAUUCAAGAUUUGGGUCAAGCCGUCUGCGGAACAACAGUUUUUGUAUGGACAUCAUGUUAUUAAAAGUGGUCUUGGCCGCAUAACAGAAAACACUCCGAAGCACCAAGGUGUAGUAGUAUAUUCCAUGUCGGACAUGCCGCUAGGGUUCGGAGUGGCUUCUCGGACCACCGCUGAGUGCAGAAAUGCUGAUCCUUUAGCCACCAUCGCCUUCCACCAGGCAGAUAUUGGGGAAUACAUUCGCUCGGAGGAUACUUUGACAUAGGAAUAAAUUUAUAGAAAUGAA